GUGUGAGAAUUAGUAGUGACUGAGGAGUGGAGGAGAUCAGAGCUUUCCUCCCGGUGAAGAAGAUCUCUACGGUCUACCAAGAAGUGAUCCGAUAUAGAGAGCGUACAGGUGUAGAGAACACCGCCAUCUCUGAAGAAGUUUCCCAUCGUGGUGCUGAAGAUCUCUACUGACUGCAAGAGUGACCACCAUGUCCAUUUCUGUGCAGUCCACCGGCACGGUACGCCUGGUCUUCAUGGGGGCCGCCGGUGUGGGCAAGACGGCGCUGAUCCAGCAGUUGUUACAUGAACAUUUCGAGCCCCGACACCGGUGCACGGUGGAGGAGGUCUACUGCCUUGACCCGGAGCCCAACGCCCUCCGAUUCCGCAUCGAGAUCGUGGACACCAGCGGCAGCUACUCCUUCCCGGCCAUGCAGAAGCUGCGCAUCCAACAAGGUGACGCCUUCGCCUUGGUCUACUCCCUGGCCGACCUCGAGUCCUUCCAAGAAGUGGAAAGGCUACGGGAGGAGAUCCUCCAAAUCAAGGGGGAGAACGACGUGCCCAUCGUGGUCAUCGGAAACAAGACGGACUUGUUCCCCGGCGUGGAGUCCAAGGCUGGGCAACUCAUGGCGCUACAGGCUGCGGCGACUGCGGAACUGGAAUGGGACAGCGGCUACGUAGAGACCUCCGCCAAACUCAACCACAAAGUUCAGGAGGUGUUCGAGGAACUCUUACGCAGGGUUAACCUGCCGUGCCUGCUGAGCCCGGCGUUAGAGCGGCGCCGAGCCAGCGCGCAACCCGAACCGAGGAAGAGGCAUCCUCGACGGAAGCAACAGAACUGUAUCUUGUCCUAGAGGAACCUCUGAGUCCCAAGAACUGAUGGAGAUGGAUAUUUAGGAGUCGCUGGUCGCUCCUGAGCACAUUCGUAAGGAACACGCAUCAUGUCGAAACUUCUGCGUCGUAGGUUGCCCAUGUGUGGCUCUUCGGUGGCCGAGGAACCCUAAGUACCAGAAUGUUGUUAACCAACCAGAUUCCAUAUUGGUUAGAAAGUCAUUGUUGCCUAUAGGACUUGUGCACACUACAGAGGGGGAGGGGGGGAAUGAUGUAUGAUCUAAUUAUUUGUAUAAUUCUUGUUUCUCAUUUCCAUAGAAGCCAAUGUGAUCCUAAA